AUGAAGGACUUUAUUUUGCUCUUUUCUAGCGUCUCAGGAAGUGCACUUUUGGACUUUUGGGAGGACAUUGAUGUCUUUGCGGCGCAAUGUUGCAAAAAUAUGCCGAGAAAGAACUCUGAGAGUUUUUCUUUGCGAAUGGCGAAAAUCAAGAGGUUCGCGGUUCCGCUUUAUCAGGAAGAGGGAGAGUGCGAAUCUGAAAUAACAAAUCCUACUUAUGAUACAGUAGAGCCGAGAGUGACCGUGAAUUUUUAUGAAUCUCAGACAAGAAAAUCCGUGGAAACAAAUCUAAAAAUCUUAUCUACAAUUCUUGAUGAGUGGAUGCUCUCCUACGCCUGUUUGCAUGAAGACACCGCUCUAGCUUCUCGACAAUUCAAAAACCCGAUGAGAAUCAUCGAAAAUUUGAAUAAACUCUCUGAAAAAAUAACGGCUGAAGACAGCAUCGCCCAAGAAUAUUCCUACGAGGUUUCAUCUGAAAAGAUGGAUCACACUGCUGCAGAAGGCUACUGCUAUGAAAAAGGAAUGUGGCUUGCUGAGCCAGGAGCGGAUCAAGAUCGACUUGAUGGCGUUCUUUCAGCCUUGAAUGAAGAGGAAAAAUACUGGUUUAAUGGAAACUCGGAGUGCUCUUCUAUAAACGCUGCCGGAGUGGAAGCUGAAGAGUCCUGCGAAGCCUCUCUGCCUGUUGUUUGCGAGAGCGGCGAGUUCUUUGGAACGAGUGAGCCUCCAACCGAGCCACCGACAGAACCACCAACUGAGCCUCCGAGAGUACCGUGCUCAACAGUCAACUACGCUACUUGCUACGGUUUCGGAGACCCUCAUUAUAUGACUUUCGACGGCGAGUAUCACCAUUUCCAAGGUCGCUGCGGGUACAAAUUCAUCGAGUCUUGGGGAAACAGUGCUUAUACGAAUGUGCCUGGAUUUUCCGUCAAUGUCGACCAGAGAGCGCUCUAUUGGGGAAGUGAGGAAGGAAAAAAGACUCUUGCGUACAUUCACGCUGUUGAAAUCGAGUUCGCUGAAGAAGGAGCUGCCGAAGAAGAUGAAGCGGCUUACUUCAUGCGUCUCGAAUUUGAAGGAAACUUCGGACAAGCUGCAAAAUGGUCAAUCGAGAAUCGAGCAACAGGAGAAUCCUGGGAUCAAGAUCAUGUCGCUACGGAUUUUCAAGUUUCUACUCGAGGCGGUAGAGUCACCUUAUCAACUUGGUUUGGCAUGGACUUAUACUACGAUACGACGCAACUGAAGCUCGACGUUCGCCUCCCUGAUUGCUACAAAAAUGUCGUCAACGGAUUGUGUGGAAAUUGGGAUGGCAAUACGUACGACAGCUUUGAUUUCCUCGGAAAGAAUAUGGACAACUGGCGAGGCAAUCAAGAAGGGUUGAUGGAAUGGGCCGAUGAUUUCAUUCUCUUGGACAUGGUUCGCAAGGCUGGCCCUGGUGGAAUGCCGGAGAUCGAGCAAUGCAAGCCUGAAACAGACCUUAAUUGCCCGGAUUCAGCUACUGUUGAAGGACUUUGCUCAGUCCUUGAUGAUGAAAAUGAAGAUUCAACGCUUUUUGCUCCUUGUGACUCGUACAUCGACCGAUCAGCUUUUUACACUUCCUGCUAUCUUGACACUUGUGAGGAUCAAUCUAUGUUCUGCGGUGCAGUAGGAAACUUUGCUAAUCAAUGCUUGAACUCUCUCGCUGAAAAUGAACGGACGGCAGAGAUCUGUAACUGGGCAGAUACUGUCGGCUGCAAACCAACUUGCGGGCAGAAUAGCGAAUAUCAGGGAUGCACUGAUUCCUGCACGGCUAGUCGAACCUGUCAAAAUCGCCAUCUAUCAGACCUACAGCGCUGUGGCAGCGAGGAAACAAGUGUCGUUGAAAGCUUGUGUGUCUGCCAAAAAGGGUAUAUUCUUGAGAACAACGUUUGUAUCUUGGAAAGUGACUGUGGGUGUAUCUUCGAUCAGAACGGCUUGUAUUUCUCUCUGGAUGAAUCAUUUGUCUAUGAAGAGCAACUUUGCACUUGCACGAAAGCUGGAAUCUCAUGUGAUACAUUCGUUCCACCAACCCCGACUCCUCCACCAGAGGGUUGUCGAAAAAGCCUCAGUUUCGUGAAAUUCUCCGACGAACAAAUGUCAUCUCUUGCUGCCAGCGCUGUCUGUGAGGAUAAUGGAGGGCACUUGGCCUUCUUCAAAAACCAAGAAGAAUACGAUCUCUUCAAAUCUUCUGUUAACAUGGAAGGGAAUGAGCUGCUCGGAUUCUCCAGAAAUCCUGAAAAUCUCGAAGAAUGGCUUUACGCAGAUUUGUCCGUCGCUGAAUUUUUUGACUGGGGAGUCGGACAGCCUGAUAACAUGGAAGAUAAAUGCGCAGAGCUGGUUUUGCCAAGCAUGUUCGAUGAAGAAGGAGUCAUUGCAAUGAACGACAUAAACUGUUUGAAAAAACGCAAAUUUUCUUGUCGAGUUGAGGAAAUGAUAGCUGUUGGAGAAUCAUUCUCCACGGAGACUGAAAACUGCGAGUGUACCGCUGACGGCCUUUCCUGUUCUCCAAUUUCUGCUUGCCCCGAGUUCCGAAGAAUGGAAGGCGAAGCGACUAAUCCGGAGGCAAAACUUCAAUGCGAAGAGCUUGGAGGACACAUUGCCUUUUUCAAAAACGAAGCAGAAUAUAAUUAUUUCAUGUCUCUUGGAAAUAACCGUCGUGAAUGGCUCGGAUAUUUCCGAACCGGACCUGGCGUGGAAGACUGGGAAGCACAGGAUGGCUCGCUUGACUUUUACCUGAACUGGGGCUGGCGGGAACCAAACAAUCUACACGGCAUCGAAAACUGCGCGGAAAUCGACAUGCAAAACGAAGGUGUUAUGAAUGACUUGCCAUCUUCGACUGCUUGGGGAACUGUUUACAAGCGUUACUUUUCCUGUAGACUACCUUCCACCUCCAGAAUAAAUGAGUGCUAG